UGUAGAUAUUGUGUGUGUGUGCGCAUGUCCGUUGUCGCCCCCUGGCGGCCGCUACACAGCCUGUUUCUCUAAAGUCACGUGACUUCUGGGAAAAGGAGCGUCUGCAGAGCCUCGGCAGAGUCCGGACCACAGAGCCGGAGAGCAGACACUCAGUCCGCAGGCACCGCGGAGGAAACGCAACCGAGGAGUCAUGGCCGCAGGGAGAAUGCGCUCCACUCGCAGAUUGCGCUCCUGGAUCGUCGAGCAGGUCAGCAGUGGGAAAUACCCGGGGCUGAUGUGGGACGACGACGCUAAAACCAUGUUCCGCAUCCCGUGGAAACACGCGGGGAAACAGGACUUUCGUAAAGACGAGGACGCCGCCAUCUUCAAGGCGUGGGCAGAGUUCAAAGGUAAGCUGACGGAUGGGGGUCAAGACAACCCGGCCUCGUGGAAGACCCGUCUGCGCUGUGCCCUUAACAAGAGCCCGGAGUUUAAGGAGGUGAUGGAGCGAGCCCAGCUGGACAUCUCCGAGCCCUACAAGGUCUACCGCCUCGUCCCCAUCAGCGAGCAGGGUGUGCUGGUUCCUGAAAAGAAAUGCAAAGUAAAAGCCACCAAGAGGCCGAAAAGGAGGAGGAGUGAAUCGGAGAGCGACGAUGCCUCUCAGGUCAAGCAGAUAAAGGCGGAAGAGGUGACCUCACAGCUGUGUGUUGAAGAGACUCUGCUGCUGGGUGACACCACCCCCCAGACAGAAGAACCCGCUCAGUACACCACCACCAUACAAAGAGACGUGGUUGAUGAGAUCCAAUUGGACGUUCGGAUCGAGGAGAGCGUCUCUGCGCCGGCAGAAGUCCAGGACUCCUUCAGUGUGGCGGUUCAUUAUUUAGGGCAGGAGGUUCACACACGUCAAAUCCAGGGCACUGAUGUCAGGAUAAUGUACAUGCCUCGCUCUCUCGUUCCCCCGAUACCGGCCGCCCUGAAAAGCAGGUUUCCACGCAUUCCGCUGCCGGAGCCGCCCUCCACGCUUCCGGCCGGCCCAGAGCUGCAGGCCCUGUUCACUCUGCUGCCCUUCAUGGAGAAAGGGGUGGUGCUCACCUCCACGCCGCAAGGAGUUUACGGCAAACGGUUCUGCCAAGGGCGGGUCUUCUGGACGGGACCGCACACGACCACCCCGGGGAUGCACAAGAUGGAGAGAAACAUGGAGCCGGUGAUGCUCUUCAGUAAAGACACCUUCAAGCAACAACUGGAACACUUCCGUUCAAACGGCGGCGAGCCUCCUCAGUUCAGCUUCACUCUCUGUUUUGGAGAAGAGCUGAGUAACACUGAAGACCCAUCCAGAAAACUCAUUAUUGUUCAGAUCACUUUACCGUGGGCGGAGCAGCAGGUCCAGAACGCUCAGUCCAUCUUCGAGUCCAUCAGCAUCCUCCAGUCUCUGGCCAGUCAGUCCCCACUGGGAGAAAUAACUCUAAACCUGGUCACCGUGCCGUCACAGUUGUCGGAGACCAUCACCUGUGGGUCCAUCUGAGCACUUUGUUCAUUCCAAAAUAAGAGGCAUCCCCACUUUAAACCUAUUCUUACAAAAUAAGAGUUAAAAAGGGCUGAGCGUUUAUCACUUAUCUGUAAAUGCAUCAUCUAGAGUGAGUUUUGUGACCAAAUUAAAAUCACUGAUUAAUUACAGAGUCUGAAUUCCAGAUUGUAUAACUGAUAUCAAAAUAAAAGCCUCCCAAUUUGUGUGGUAAUUAAAUGUUUUCAUAUCGCUCAGCCCUAACAGGUAGCACAAAACAAAUCUUAUAGCACUUAUGACAAAAAUCUAGACCAAAUAGCAAACUUAAAUAUUGGAUUUUAUUUUUACCCUGAAAAUGGAUACUGAGCUUUUUGGGAUGGACUUUGGCCCCUCAUGUCCUCGUAGAGGUUAGUUGGUGUACUGGAAGCACUACAUGUAAAUCAGCGCUGAGAAGUCGUCUUCAGAGCUGCAACGCUUUAAUCCAUCGACAGAAUUAAAUCGGCAACUAUUUUGAUAAUCCUCUAGUCAUACAUUUGUUCUCUGCUUGUGUGUGACGAUUUUUCUUCGUCGUAUAUGACAGUAAAUUUAAUAUCUUAAGGUUUUGGACUUUUAGUCAGAAAAAACAAGAAAAUUGAAGAAUUAAUAACGCCUUUUAUUCCACUGUUUUGAACAUUUCAUACACAUAAUGAUUAAUUGAUUCUGAAAAUAAUUGUUAGUUGCAGCUCUAGUCGUCUUUCUUCCUUGAGUAUCUGGAAAUGUGAUGUUAACUCAGUUCUCUGAUCAUAGCUGCACGUCUGUUUUCCUCUUAAGCCAGUGGUUCCCAACCUGUGGGUGGAGGCCCAGAAAGGGUCCCGUGUUAGAUCCGAGGGGGUCAAGAGAAGAUUAACAGGACAGGGGAGCAGAAAAUUAUAUGUCUGCUUCCCGAUAUGAACUAAUCUUUGCUUUUUUUCCUUGUCAAUUAUUGGAUCAUUUUAGUGGUUUUAGGUGUUUUAUGAAGUUUUCAAAUGAAAAAAAUAUUUCAAAUCACAAUUUGUACACAUGCGGCCAGUAACAGGGGUCACAGAUGCUAUAGACAUUGCUUUGUUUUACGGGGUCACAAGCUAAAAAGGUUGGGAACUACUGCUCUUAGCAACUGAUGACUAUUGUGUUUAUACUACAGCACUAUAUAAAAGGCUGCAAUAAAAACCCAAAAUAGUUCAGUAGAGUAGCCGCAGUGAGCAAAGAUGUAUCUUGCAAUAAUUUGUCACUUUUUUUUUUUUUAAUGUAACACCUGUUAAUCUACUCAAAUCCAACUCCAGGUAGUCAUGUUUCAUGUUAGAACACAGAUACAUUUACAAAUAUGUGUUGAUGGUUGUGUUUUGAUAGAUAAAAAGUUUCACACUCUCGAGGAGACUUGAGGUUUGAAGCAGUGACUAUACUCCUCCACUAUUAGAAAUCAUCUGUCUGUGACAUCCAGUGUAUUUUUAGUUACCAUUUGAUAAACUUAUCUAAUUUACAAGAGUGUACACAGUUAACUUCGACCUUUUAAGAGAGAAUGGGUGUAGACUUGGGAUUAGUGUUUUGAGAGUUAUGCCAAAUUCUGACUGCUUUAGACAUUUUAAAAAGUUGUUUUGGGUGCGUAAGGGGGAAACAAAAGUACAAAAACAUCCUACAUUUCAGUACAAACGUUUUGCAGUAAAUACAGUCUGUUGAAGCUCAGACUAUUUGGUUUUUGUUGAGGCUUUAUAUAACUUGGUGGUCAUUUUUUUUAAAAAGGUGGUAGUUUGGCAUGUUGUCAAGCAAAUAUCCUGCUAGAUGUCGUGCAGGUUCGUGCAUGGAAACAAUGUUCCUCUUUCCUAAAGCAGUUGACUGUUUUUGACAACAUGAUUUACAAGACAUUUCCUCUUGACAGAUUACAUAAUUUUGUAGAAGUUGCCACAGAUGCACCAGCAGUUCAUGCAGGAACAACUGUACUGUAAAUCACAAAAGGCAGCUACACAAGAAAGUUAAGUUAAAACAAAGAAGCAGCGCGUGUUUCAGCUUUAAAAGCAAUCUGAUGAUUUCAAAGAAACAUGAGGCAAGACGCAGAGCUACAAAGUGGCACGUAGUUGCUGCCUGAAUAUUUGGUGCAUCUGUCGCAAAUGCUGCAAAACAGACACUUGACAGGACAUAUUGGUGCUUUUAAGUGGGAUCCUGAUUACCACUGUAACACUUUACUUUAACCCACUAUUUAGCAUUAAUAUGCACUAUAUAAACAUUUAAUAAAUGUAGUUAUAUUCUAAAUGUUUAUUAAUGUAUUAAUUUAUACAGCACCCUCCACUUAUGGGUGCCCACAGGAGUUAUAGUUGUUGACAAAUAUAUAAACACUUAAGUCUGCUUACAUUAGUGGAUUAUAAAAAAUGUAUUAAAUGUUUAUUAGGGGAAGGGGACGGAAAAAACGAUACAGCAUAGUAUUGUGAUAUUUUAUGUGGCAAUAUUAUAUCAAUACAUAGACGCCAAGCAUCAAUCGUACAUUAUAUAAAUUAUUAAUACUGCAACCACAAAAAUUUUUACUUUUUACUAGAAUAAUAAAAUCAAUUGGUUUUUCAGUCCACUAGAUGGUGCUGAGUUUUUUUCUAGUGAGGACAGCAGGAUUGGUAGGAAGUUGGUCAAAACAGUGAGCUGAAGACUUAAAACUUUAUCUUAUUAGAUAGAACAGAUGUUGACAAAGUUUUCCUUCUUUUUCCAUAAUUUGCAGUUGAAAAAAGGUAAUAAAUCGCAAUAUAUAUUAUCGCACAUAUAACAUUUUGAGCUACAACAAAUAUGUAUUAACUGAAGGACUUUUGUAUUGUAAGGUGUUUCUGUUAUUUUGUCCACCCUCUUGGAGCUUGUUAUGUACAGAGGAAGACUGCAGAGAUCUACUAAGCUGUAAAUAUUUUGUUAUUUUCGCAUGUUCUAUGUUAUCUCUGUUCAGUCGAGAAAAUGCAUUAAAAAUGAACAUAAUCCUAAA